GGUUGAAAACUUAUGUCGAGUAUCUCUCCAACUUUUUGACUACAUUGUACUCUGUCACGAAAAAGAAACUCACCAAGAAAAUAAUAAACCUAAGUACUAGUAAUGAAUAACUACCAUUGAAAUUAAACCCUUUGUUAUGAUAUCAAUCAAUUAUAUCACUAAAGAAAAAGAAACCCAAAAUUUUCCUUCCACCAAAAACCCCUAAAAUUUUCUCAUGGGAGAACAAGAGAAGAACAAGAACAACAACAAGAAGCAAAAACACCAACACCCAAAUGACCAAAAAACCAAACAAACCUCAGAUUUCUCCUUCAAACCAAGUUAUGAUGUAAAAGGUAUAAGAUUUGGUGGCCAAUUCAUAGUAAAAUCAUUUCCAAUUAGAAGAGCAAGACCCUUAGAACUUCUCAAAGUUCUUUCUUUUCCACCAACAAACAACAAAACCAACAAAUCAAAAGACAAACUUCCUUUCCCUUCAACAACAGCUUUCUUGCCAACAAAUUUCACAAUCUUGGCUCAUCAAGCAUGGCACACACUAACCUUAGGACUUGGUUCAAAGAAAUCAAAAGUUGUUGUCUUUGUUUUUGAAACUGAAGAAAUGAAAGGUGAUGUUGAUAGAAUUUGGCCACAUGAGAUUUCACUUGGUGAUGUUAACAAGAAACUCAUAAAGGGUCUUGUUGGUUUUGAAAUGGCUAGAUUCAAAUUCAGAAAAGGGUGCUUGACUUUUUAUGUCUAUGCUGUUAGAAAAAUUGGAAGCUUUGGUUUUGUUUGUUCUGAAGAUCUAAAGACUAUUCUUCAAUCUGUUGUUGAGCUUAAAGAUUUCUUGGAUCACACUGUUAUGCUUUCUAUGCCAAAUCAAAGAACCAUUAGUUACUCUCAUAAUAAUCAGGUUGCUAUGGCUCAUUAGAUUCUUGCUGCAAUGUCAGACAAAUUAAUAUCAAACACCAAAAUGAUUUAGGUUGACAGGUCACUUUCAACCUAAAUUUUGUUCUUGUUUGAUAUUAUUAUAUUGUGUUCGACAUUGCAGCAGGAUAGAUAUAUAUGAUCAGUUAUCAAAGUUCAAAUAUUUUAUAUUUUAUAUAAAUGUGUUUUUUUAUCUCUUCAUCACAUUGACAACAUUAUUGUUCUUAUUUUUGUUAGGAUGUUAACUUGUUUUCUUUUUUUUUAGAAUUUUUGGGAGGUUUUUUAUUGGUUUAUUUGUUGAUUAUCUUGCUUGAUUUGUAAUUGUUUUUUUGGAUUUGGGGGAAAAGAAAGUGUAAUUUUAGAAUGAAUAAUUUUGGGGAUUGAAUGGAAGUUUAUUGUACAAUUGAAGUUGAAUUUGUCCUUUUUACCGACAGAUAUUGAUGCAAAAUUUGUCA